AUGUCGUUCCAAUUACGUCGUCUCUUUGGUGGUUUACGUGUCAAUGCGGGACAAACGGUCCGUCGUGGUCUUGAGGACUUUUUUCCAGUGCAAAAGUUGGCGGGUGAGAGUGCAAAGACCAACAACCUCACGCAAGUGCCGGCUAGCGUCGGAUCCAAGCAGGUGACAGUAGGCGGUGAUUGGAAAGCCUGGAUGCUGCGUGAAAAGAGCACUAAAGACCUGCAUAAACUCUGGUUUGUGCUGCUUAAAGAGCGCAAUGCAUUACUUACGGAGCUACAGCAUUGUCGUGCCAAGAACUUGGUCAUGUCAAACCCCUCGCGACGGACAAAGGUUAAGAAGUCCAUGGCGCGAAUUAAACUAGUGCUGCACGAACGCAGCCAGAUAUAUCGGGCUAAUCAGGAUAAGAAGAAGGCGAGUGAGAAAAUCUCGGAACCGUGA